AUGUCCGAAAUGUCCGCUGUGCACAGAGCCUUCUGGUCGGCACCCACUUGGCAACUCAAGACAGCGAGGGCCGUGAACUGGGAGAUCCAGGCAAAGGAAGAGAUGACGGCCGACAGCGCAGGACUUCGGGUCCGCACAGGCGCUGCCCGCGGCACGAAUCUGGAGGAUGACUCGGACGAUGUAGGAAGCGGAGUUGGUGACAUCCACAGCACACUGGACGAUGUCGUAGUCCUUGUGCCCGUUGACCUUCAAGGCCUUGUCGACCGCCGGCGAGGCUCCCGCUGGGACGAACUGCUUCCAGGGAGGGGAGAUCGUCUCCGUGCGUGUGAGGAUCUGGAGGGCAUUCUUGCCGAAGUUGCAGUCCGCCCUGGCGGCGCCCACCGUGGCGAUCUCGCCGAAGUUGGCCAUGAGAGCUGUGAAGUCACCAGCGCAGGGCACAAUGUUGUUGACAGCCUUGCCGCAGGCGUUUGCCGCAAAGGACAGGUACGAAGCGAUCCAGCUGAUGGACAUGAUGAAGCCUGCGACGCUGGCGGCACAUCCAACAGGCGAGUUGUUCGGGCACUCAAGGCCAUCACCAGCUGGGCCUGCUGA